AAUUCUUUUAGUUAUUAUUGGUCGCGGGGAAUAGGUAGCAGUUAGAACGUAACGCCAUGGUAACGGGCCGUCAACGAUCGGAUUCGGGUCUUUGACGCGGGAUGCUUGAACCCCCACAAAAGGGUAGAAGGAGCAAGCAAUCAUGGAUCUCUCUGCAUUAGUGAAGAAACUGGCUCAUCACUUGGUUGAAAUUAGAGAAAGAGCACUUAAAAAUAUUCUCUCUAAACUGGACCAUAAUCUGCUGUCAUUUGUGGAUCUAGUCCAAGAGAAGCCAUUGUUUCUCCAUCUACUACAAUGGUUUAAUUUCCCGGCAGUUCCCAUGAAGGAAGAUGUUCUACUACUGCUAAAUAAGUUGGUUAAGCAUUCCUCAGCAGCUCAAUGGAUGAUUGAAAUAGGGGCUGUAGAUUUCCUCACCCAGCUACGGCCAAAUGUGGAACCAAACCUUCAGGCCUUAGUGGAUGGUAUUUUAGAUGGACUCUUCCUUCUUCCUACUGAUAUUUCCAAUAAUCGCUUAUCAUCUAGUCAUGAAGUGAAGUCCUUGCCAACCUACAAUUUUGCAGCUAUACAACAUCAAGCAGAUUUGACUGAUGGAUAUUUUCAUCAGGAUGCUUGUGUGCUCCAGCAUUCCAGUGUAUCCACAGAGCAAUCAUGUGUAAAUUACUCUCCUGCCACCUGCUUGAAGUACUCCACGUUUCCUUGGCUGACCUUGACUACAACAGACAGACAUGUUCUUUCAUCAAAUGAAAGCACAUUGCAAAGUAGUAAUCAAGGUCUGAUCUGGAGAAGUUGCCAACUAUUACAGGAUGUUGUAAUGCAAGACUUUCCUGCUGAAAUCUUUCUACAAAGACCAAAGAUAGUCCAGAGUCUUCUGUCUUUACUGGGCCUGGCAUCCGAAACAGACGGCCAGCAGCAUUUGGCAUUCCAGUCCAUUUCUUGCUUGCUUCAGUUGUGCAUAUUGCUCAGAAACCGACUGAAUUUUCAUAGGGACCCAGGAUUUGUAAGCACAAAACAAGAAGUGUUUUCUCAAAAUUCUUCGGUAUUGUAUUGCCAAGAUGCUCGUCGAAAUUCUCAGAAUCCCUCUCCUGCAAAUGAGCAAAUCCGCCCCUCUGUGCUGGGGCGUGCAAGUCAGCGCCUUAGAGGAGAUGGGCAAGAUGGAGAUGCCACAUCUUCUAGUGGAAACAGUAUUCAGGCCCAUACAAUCUCCAGGACAGCUCCCUGGUCCCCACUGGAUAUUGGACACCAGGACCUUCAACAAAUUGAACGUGAGGAUCCUUUAGAGUCACAGUUUCAGCAGCUCAGCCUGGCUCAGUUCUGUGUUUCACUUUUGGAAAAUGCUGCAACUUUGUUACAAUCAGAUAAAAGGAAACUGAUUACGCGUGUUGUUGAACUGCUUAGUGAAAGCGUGGCACUGCUUAAUGAUGCCAUAUCAGAGCACGUUUGGGAAGAUACAAGUCUUAUAGGACAAGAACUGAGAUGCAAACUCCGUUUUUCCUUGGAUACACUUGGGGAAGCAAUAUUGUAUCAUAAGAAUAAAAGUGGUUCUGAGCUGACAGAGCCUUCUCUUGUGAACCACAGAAUGGCCUUUAUCAGCAUCUCUCUUUUUACAAUGCGACUUCUGCAAACGCUUCUCCCUGUGGAAAAGGCAAAUGAUGUUCUGCCAGAGAGCUUGAUGAAUGCCUUGUUUCUCAUAUCCCUCGACCUGCCUUUCCGCAUUGCAUAUCCCAGCGUUCAUGAAUCUGUAACAGCUUUUAUGGAGCAGCUAAAUUCCGAAGACUAUGGCGUUUAUAAACAAGCCUCGGAGGUGGCCUAUUCAAUUGAAUGUACAACCACCUUUAUGUCUUGUUCUAGCAAAGAGGGAGCAAAAGACUUUUUAGAACUGGUGGAACUUGCAGAGAAAGCCCUCACAAGCCUCCCAUACCAUAAACACUUCCCUUUUGUUCGAAAAUUCAUCGGCAUUUGCUCAGACAUAUAUAAAUCUGCACAGAGUGGUCCUGUACUCCUGGAGGAAAGUCAAAAAGUACUGCUUCGCCUGUUGUCCCACUGGGUGUCUGCAAUUAAAGCUGAAACUUAUACAUGUUGUCUUGAAAUUGUAAAGGAUUCCCUUGGAAUUGAAAAUGCUACCAAAACUGUUUCCUCAAUCUGCCAUGGUGUACGUUUUUUACUUCAACCAAACGUACUGUAUGAAAUAUGCACAUUUGGCCUUCAAGAUUCCAACGUUGAGAUAUCUUCAACUGCUAAGAGUAUAUUGACCUUUUUACUUCAAGGCCGCCUUGUCAUGACAGCACCAACUUGGAACAAGUUUCUUGAUGCUCUGUACCCUGUCUUAUCAGUUUUACAGGGCUUUGCUGACACAGAAGACGCACUGGGCUCAUCUAUCCUGUCAUUAUGUGAAACAUCUCAAAAUGGAGAAGGAGUCACCCCCAAAACAACUAGGCUUAGGGCAGCUCUGCGACUAAUGUUUGCCAAAAAAAAUGCGUUACGCUCAUUGGCCAUCAAGUGGUUAUCAAUCCAUCUAAUGAAUGAAGAAGAAUCAAACGUCAAGCGUCCUGAACUACAAGGCAGUAUCCUGUCUAAGGCUGUCAGCCUCUAUAUCUUGGAACGACCAUUAGAUUUAAAACUGGAUGACAGUGGGAAAUCCAUAUUUAAGGCUGAAACUGUCACAAAAGUGGCUGAGAUAUUUAAGUCAGAAAAAGUGGACAUGAGUCUUCAAAAAUCUGCCGCUGAACAGCUGGCGGUUAUUGCACAAGAUCUCCAGAUGCACCCCAUUUUAAAAAACAUGGGAGUUGCUGAGAAAAGUGUUAAUAUUUUACAGAAAUGUGUGCACAAAGACGGCAAGGUUUUUGAGUGUAUUGUUCUGCCAUGUAUAACGCUCUUGCGGAAAAUGAUUUAUGCCGAUCCUGUACUGCGCCUAUCACUGGCACAAGAUCCAUGUUUCCUUCUUGCAUUGUUUAGAGUAACCCUAUUUUUGCAAGAAGAUAGCUCACUUCUAAUUGAAGCUGCAGCCUUGCUAAGUUUAUUGCUGUUUGAUGAGAUAUCACAACUGAGCGCCUGGUCAGAAACCGUUUCAGGUCCAACGCCUCCUCCUUUUGGUCUACCUGUUACUGUAGUCCGACGAUUUCACCUUCCAGUGAGCGUCAGCACUCACCAUGCAGUAAGCCCUUACACCAUGGCUUCUCCUUUAUCUCUGGAAUGGUUAACCAUAACGUCUGUAGCAGAUAUGCUUCGUAUGGCAUGGAAUCUAUCCUGGUACCAAGGCGUUGAUAACCUUUUGUCAAAAAUGGCAAGCGACCAACAAGAAAAGGAAAGUUUUCUAGAUACAUUAAAGUUGUCCCCAGAAGAAGUUCUGACAUUGAAGAUGACACACUCGGCCAGUGGACUGCAAGAUUGCCUGAAUGCCAUCAUUCGCGCUGUGUCUCACAGGGAAGUUCGUUCUGCUGUUGCUAGGAUGAAUUUUUAUCUCCUAAAUGACAGACUGGUUUUAAACUGCCUCACUGGCUCCAACAUGUCUUCCUUGAAGUGUCUGCCUUGGCAUACUGCACUAAGCAGGUUUUUACUGGUUUAUCCAGCAUGUGCCGAAGAUGAAAAGCUCCUGGCAGAUGUGAUAAGUUUCUUAAACAAGAUUCUGCGAGAACAGAGAGGAAGCUCAGAUUCACAGGACCUCCAAUGGAUGCUGGAGAUGCUGCUUAAACAAAGCCCGAGUCCACUGCUUGAUCUAAUCGUCCAGAAAGAGUGCCUAGCCAAAAAGGAUUUGGAUGACACACAAGCAGCUGUGAGGCAGCAUCUGCAGAAAGAGCUGAUGGUGUUUUUUAACACGCUAAUGCUUUGUUUAACUUCAGUCACUGAUCGGAAAUGUUUGGCUCUUGCGGGAUCAUUGAGAACACAGCUCACCUUACAUUUGCUUCAGAGUUUAAAAGUGUCCGACGUUCCCAAUUUUUAUGGCUUGCCUUCUUUGUCUCGAACCUUGAGAGGAAUGGCCCAUGUAACGUCGCUGUCUGGAUGGAGUUUGUAUUGUCCUUCAACAGAGCCAUUUACAGUCUGUACCAAGUUGUUGACCAGUCUCCUGGAGAUCAUCUCAUCUUUUUACGUAGAAUGGGGAGGAAAUGCUCUUUCCUACAUGGGGAAAGGUGUCACUAAGAGCACGGUAUUGUGCUUGCUUCACUUGUCCCACGAGAUGACAGUUCAGGCCAAGAACACGGAUUGGGUGCAUCUCUGGUCUUUGCCUUAUGACCACGGUAAUGAAGAACAUGUUAUACCACGUUUGGGUUUGGAAUGGUUGAUUCCUUUGUGGGUGGAUAGAGACCCAGAGGUAAGAUUUACCAGCUUGGGCAUUGGUUCAGCUUUGACGAGCCUGAAAGAAGGUGCUCUUGUAUUGUCAGAGAGCUGUCAGAAUAUCUCAGGAGGCUUAUGGGGAACAGUACUGAGCAUCUUUCUUGACCAAUGUGAAUGCAGCAUGGUGCGCAGAGAGGCUGCUUUCAUUCUCCAGAACAUGCUUGUCAUCCCAAUGCCAGCAAAUCCAGAAGAUUCCAAUGAGUAUACUUUACAGGGUCCUUGUGUGUAUGAUGACGAGUCUGGGCUGUCCACAGUGGGUAAGACUGCGGUUCAAGUUUUAUUGGAUCGCUACCACUUCUAUGAUCACGUGAGUCAGAUGGUGAAAAGCUGCUACCUUGGACGAUACACAUACGAUUUCAGCCAGUCUGUUGUGGAACCCAAAGCAAUUACGGCAAACAUUACUAGUUCUGAAGAUUCACUGUACAUUUGGCAUAAUGCAGAGAACAAUUCCUCUCCAACUCCCGAAUCUGAUUCAACAAUAAGUACCUGGCUUCCCAGCACUUCCUCAACAAGCAGUACAGGACAUCUGCAUCCAGUCUCCGCUUCUUCACUUUGCGAAAAUAUAAGUGACCCUCUACUGGACAAAGAUCAGAGCCACAAAGCUGGAACAGUGUCUUUGAGCUCAGAGGAGAAUUCCGCUUCGGUUGGCAUGCCUGACCAGUGUUCUGUAGUCACUCCAUCUCAUUUGUCAGCAAUAUGCGGCUUACUAGAGAAUCUGCUAAUAAUGAAUCCAGGACACACUGCUGCUGCGCUUUCAGAAAGACGCAUAUUGACAGACCUGUCAAGCCUUAUAAAGCCAACAUUGUUGGAAAGAUGUUUCUCUGACUUCAAGUCACCUCUCAUCUUUCAAUUCCACACAGAAGUCAUAAAGUCACAGGUAAUGGUCCUGCUUGAAUAUCUGUCGGCCUUAUCAAGACUUAUUCAGACCUGUCUGAUUCUAGAUGUCAAUUUGGUGAUAAAGGAUGAACUAAUACAGCCACUGCUGACAAUUAUGUUUUCUUUGCUGUCUGUCCAACACAAAAAAGCCAGAGAUGUUGAAAUCAGUUCUGCAAUUUAUCAGACAUGGACGGACAUAUUUAUCUGUUUAACUACUUUACUGAGGAAACACAUUCAAACUGUUACUCAGGUUGCCACUGUCUUCACAAAACAAGGCACUUCUUUACUUGGUACUGUCUCCGAGUGUUUAAGGUUGGCUACAAGUCACCCGAAGCUGUAUACAGCUAGCAUGCACUUCCUCUCAGUUCUCUUAGCGGAACAUGGAAAACUGCAAUGCCUAGCGUUGGACUCGCCUUGUACAUCAGAACUCUGUGCUCUUUUAGAUGGGAAUGUGAACAUGGGUUAUGACCUUUGCAAAGUAAUACUACAGAGCUAUGAAGAAAAAUCCUCAGAGGACCCUCUCAGACAAGUCUGUGCAAGUACUUUAAUCUUACUGCUAGCUGUCAGCAGAAGUGCCCAGAAGUACAGUCUGCAAGCGCACCUAGUAGACAGCUGUAUUGAACAGAUGAAGCACAUUCACGCACAGCUAAACCUGGAUUCCCUUAGGCCAGGAAAACCAGCACAGAGGAAAAAGGAGGAGAGUCACUUGAAAAACUUAAAAGCUGCUAUGUAUCUUCUCCGAAAUUCUCUCUAUCAAAACAAGGAUGGAAAAGCAGCUGCUCUAGAUACUCAACUUGCUCCUUUGCUCCAUUCCCUCUGGCCUUGGCUUUUGAUGGAUGACGCAUUGAUGCAAAAUGCCUUGCACUUACUGUGUGUGUACACAGCAAAUUACCCUGCAGCUUGUAGCUCUGUUUGUUGGACAAACGCUGGAGUGAUGCCUGUACAGCUUUCCCAGAAAGCUCCGGCGAAUAACUCCCUGAUGCACAGCCUUUUGAAGAUUGCCUCAGAACCUGCUUCUAGUAACAGCAGCACCCAACAGGCGGCCUUUGUUCUUCUUUCUAAUCUUGCUGCUACUCAGGACUGCAAAUGUCUUAUUCAAAAGAGUAACUUUCUUCAACAUUUUCUGUCCGUUUCACUUCCCAAAGGAGGAGCCAAGGCUCUAAAUAUGCUGGCUGUCCACUGGCUUAAGUUUUUGUGGAAUUUGUCACUGGCAACUGAUGGCCAGCAAAUGAUUAUGAAGUUGAAAGGAAGCUUAGACCUUCUUCUAGAAUUGAUCAAAUAUAAUAACAAGUCGGACCCUCCAAUAGCCUUGCUUAUUCUGCAUAAUAUCUGCUUUAAUACAGCCAGCAAACCCAAGAUCCUAUCCAAUGACAAAGCAGUGGCUGUGAUUUCUUCAUGUCUGGAAAGCGAGGAUACCAGUAUGCAGCGAAUAGGAGCCUCAGCACUCUGGGCAUUGCUUCACAAUUACCAGAAGGCAAAAGUGAUCCUGAAGAAUCCGUUGUUAAAAGGGAGAAUAGAAGAAAUGUUGUCUACGCUGAGGAAAAAUGCGAUGCUUACUGACGAUAUGCCUGUUCUUUACCAUUUGAAAUGUCUAGAGAAUUUGGAGCAAAUUCUAAAUAACUAAGGAAUCCUUGUGUAUGCCUACAACAUUAUGGAAUUCUAAUUCCAUCAGGACAUUUUUGUACUACAUGACUUUAUGUAUAUGGAACCAUGGAACUGCGAGCCUUGAUGGUGUCUCUUGAUUAAAAUACAUAUUUAUCUAUAA